UAACACAAUUGUUACAUCUACGACUUAUCAUACAAAUCUGAUCUGGCUGUAACACAAUUGUUACAUCUACGACUUAUCAUACAAAUCUGAUCUGGCUGUAACACAAUUGUUACAACUUAUUUUAAGUUUUUACAUUUUUCAUGAACCUUCUAGAUGUCCAUAAUUUCAAUGACUUGUAUAUAUUAUAUAUUAAUGACUUGUAUAUGCUAUAUUAUAUAUAUGUGUUGAAAUAUCACAACUUUACAUAUGUAUGUACCAGGAGUGAUAGAAAUAUCACAGUUCUACAAUGUAUAAACUUGUUAGAGGUAUGUACCAGGAGUGAUAGAAAUAUCACAGUUCUACAAUGUAUAAACUUGUUAGAGGUAUGUACCAGGAGUGAUAGAAAUAUCACAGUUCUACAAUGUAUAAACUUGUUAGAGGUAUGUACCAGGAGUGAUAGAAAUAUCACAGUUCUACAAUGUAUAAACUUGGUAGAGGUAUGUACCAGGAGUGAUAGAAAUAUCACAGUUCUACAAUGUAUAAACUUGGUAGAGGUAUGUACCAGGAGUGAUAGAAAUAUCACAGUUCUACAAUGUAUAAACUUGUUAGAGGUAUGUACCAGGAAUGAUAGAAAUAUCACAGUUCUACAAUAUAUAAACUUGGUAGAGGUAUGUACCAGGAGCGAUAGAAAUAUCACAGUUCUACAAUAUAUAAACUUGUUAGAGGUAUGUACCAGGAGUGAUAGAAAUAUCACAGUUCUACAAUAUAUAAACUUGUUAGAGGUAUGUACCAGGAAUGAUAGAAAUAUCACAGUUCUACAAUAUAUAAACUUGUUAGAGGUAUGUACCAGGAAUGAUAGAAAUAUCACAGUUCUACAAUGUAUAAACUUGUUAGAGGUAUGUACCAGGAGUGAUAGAAAUAUCACAGUUCUACAAUAUAUAAACUUGGUAGAGGUAUGUACCAGGAGUGAUAGAAAUAUCACAGUUCUACAAUAUAUAAACUUGUUAGAGGUAUGUACCAGGAGUGAUAGAAAUAUCACAGUUCUACAAUAUAUAAACUUGGUAGAGGUAUGUACCAGGAGUGAUAGAAAUAUCACAGUUCUACAAUAUAUAAACUUGUUAGGGGUAUAUCACAGUUCUACAUGACAUCAUACAUGAUCUUAAAUCAGUUUUCGUUUCAAAUGAGACUUGAUGGAACUAGUCUUAGAAGUUUUUUUUAAUUUGUGAGCCUUACCAUGCAAAAUUAACAAUUCAAUACAAAUUUCAUAAAUCCUCAUAUGAAAUAAAAACAGAUUUAUAGAUUUGUUUAUCAUAUAACUCAGAAAAAUGUUAAAAUGAAAAUAUGGAUAACAAAAUCAAAUGGAUCGAAGCAGCUAUUUUGUUGUGCCAUCUUCAAUUCGCAUUUUCUGGCAUAAAAAUCACUCCUGGGUGUACUGUAAACGUUGGAAUUAACAUAAAGGGGAACUUUACCCUAAUUAUGUGGAGUCUUUUUGAUCACAAAAUUCCCCCCAUGCAUAUUAUUUUUAGAAAAAAUUUAUUGCGAUCGCCUUUUGUCUGGCGUUGUCCGGCGUCCGUCGUAAACAAUAUACAUUUUCAACUUCUUCUC